AGUCACUAAAGAAUCGGCCUAUGGUGCUGGCGUGUGAUAUCUGGUCGAGCCGUAUACGUGUGCCGUGCGUAAGUGCUGCGUGCUCCCGUGCGUGUGCGUGCGCGUGCGAGAGGCUAGGCGCUAAACCCAAAGAAUAUCGAGUCCCGCUUUUAUUCAAAGCUGACCUCAGCCGAAGCGGAAGCUCGCAUCACCCACGCACCAACCUCGGCAGCUCCGGUACCGCUCGAGCGUAUCGUCGCCCCCUAACGAGGAGGUCAACCGUGAAUAUCAGCUAGACCCACGCAAUCGAUAAACACGGUCUCUUCCUUCAGUCGUAUGUUAGUAACUGGGUCAGUGGAGGUGGCAGAGUAGUUGGAAAUCGGAGGUUUUCAAUAGGAGACGCGGGAGGAUUUAUAGCUGGUAGUGCGAGGAAGAGCGAAAGGCAACUUGACAAACCCCUUUUUGAGAGAAUGGCAUUACCGAGUAGAGGAAGGGUUUAUGCAGACGUCAACUCACAUAAGCCCCGAGACUACUGGGACUAUGAAUCUUAUGUUGUCGAUUGGGGCCAGCAAGAUGACUACCAAUUAGUACGAAAACUUGGUCGAGGGAAAUACAGUGAGGUAUUUGAAGCGAUCAAUGUGACGAAUAACGAAAAAUGUGUCGUCAAAAUAUUAAAGCCAGUGAAGAAGAAGAAGAUUAAACGAGAAAUCAAAAUCCUAGAGAACCUUAGGGGUGGGACCAACAUCAUCACGUUGCAAGCUGUCGUUAAAGAUCCAGUGUCGCGAACGCCAGCGUUGAUAUUCGAACAUGUUAAUAAUACGGAUUUCAAACAGCUUUAUCAGACACUCACAGAUUAUGACAUAAGAUACUACCUCUACGAAUUGUUAAAGGCACUGGAUUAUUGCCACAGCCUGGGCAUUAUGCACAGAGACGUGAAGCCGCACAACGUAAUGAUCGAUCACGAAAAUCGGAAGCUGCGGUUAAUCGACUGGGGAUUGGCGGAAUUUUACCAUCCAGGACAAGAGUACAACGUGCGCGUCGCCUCGCGUUAUUUCAAGGGGCCAGAACUACUCGUGGACUAUCAGAUGUACGACUAUUCGCUGGACAUGUGGUCGCUGGGCUGUAUGCUAGCGAGUAUGAUAUUCAGGAAAGAGCCUUUCUUCCAUGGCCACGACAACUACGACCAGCUGGUCAGGAUCGCCAAGGUCCUGGGUACGGAGGAGCUUUUCGAGUACCUAGAGAAGUACCACAUCGAUCUCGAUCCACGUUUCAACGACAUCCUUGGCCGACACUCGCGUAAACGCUGGGAACGUUUCGUCCAUUCGGAGAAUCAGCAUCUGGUCUCUCCCGAGAGCCUUGACUUCCUUGACAAGCUGUUACGCUAUGACCACUACGAAAGACUCACUGCUCGCGAGGCUAUGGAACAUCCGUAUUUCUAUCCCAUAGUGAAGGAGCAGGGUCGGCUUACAAUAGUAUCGUCGUCACCUACUCCCAUGCCGGGCUCAUUGCCUCUAGACGAGUAGCGGCCCAGGUGACCACGGCGUGGCGGUGGGCAACUAGCCGGCAUUCGGGUCCGGCAAGGCGAACAGAGUCGGGGGCGAGAGUCCGCGGCCUUCGGAGGACCCUCCACCCUCGCGCAUCGCGUCCGCUCGAGGACAUCCCUCGAUUCAGCAGUGGCCGCGAACUUCGCACCGAACGCCGCCGAGCAGGAAAUCAAGACCGAGCCCGGGCCGGAGGACGCGCCGGCCCUCCAACGCGGCGUCCACGGGCCGUCGACGUCGGUCGGAGCGCGAGCGGACCCGCAGCGAAACUGCGCGGUGCCCUUCCGAGACGGGACGGUGGGGCGGUUCCUCUUACCGUCGCCUCUUCUAUUGCCAUGGUUUAUGGUUUUGGAAUCGCUUCGCUACCGGCGUCUCGCGCUCGAGCGGCCGGUCUCCUUCUCGACUCGCAGAUGAUCGCGCGAGUCGGGUGGGACACCGCCGGAAGCCUUCCGGACGGGGUCUCGACGACGCCACCAGGGUACGAUCGGAGGGCUCGCGCGAACUCGCCUCUAUUGGUGGACGGUGAUCGAGCGGCGGGGGAGCGGCCGUACCGCUCCGGACCGUGAGAUCCUCGGGUGGAGUGUCGUCUGUCCUCCUCUCCUCGGCCGAUCUUAACGAGCGACGACCCCCUUGGGGACGGAACUCCAUCUCGAGGGUCCCCGAAUCCGGGUUGACUCUUCCAGGCCGCCGCUGCGCCGUGGUCCACCGAAGCCCACGUACAGCGCGUAUAGAGGCACGUCAGUAUUCCGUAGGAGCCGUUCGGAGGAGGUACCACCGUGGCGUUGGCCGAGGAAAGAGAAAUAUACAUAUAUCGACGAGGGGCCGGGCCUCGCAAGCGGAACUCCAUCCGGAGGGUACGACCGGCGAGCACCCUCCGGGUGAAGUCGCCCGCCUUGGCACGACUCCCGUCCGGAAGGCGGCCCGGGCUCGACGGACGCGCCGCGGCGCUCGCGGGGUGGAACGUCGCGCGGGCGCGCGCGCGCUCUCCCCCGCCCACCCUCCUUUUUGCGCGCGAGGGCAACCGGCGAGCGCGCGCUCGCGCGCGUGUAUAUACAUACGUGCACAUACACACAUACACACUCACACACGCGACACCCACGAAAGCGCGGAAAGCGGAAUAACGCGGGACGCGCGACUCACACUCGACACGUAACUACUUGUACCCUAGGUCAUUCAGUUUAGUAUAUUUAACGACGAUGAAAAUGUUCAUUUAUAUCUGAUAUCACGAUGAUAGCUGAAUAAAAUGUUUGUUAUAGCCAA